AUGCAUCUCACCACCGCGAAGACGUCCUUCCAGGCCGUCUUCGCCCUCGACGUCGUCACAGCCGGCAUCGCCCUCCUCUUCCUAGGCAUCGCCACGCGUCCAACGCUACAGCGCCUGAAAGAACACCGCUUCUCCAUCAGAGACACGAGCAACGACGGUCGCGCGCCCACCAACGGCGGCCACAACAGCAGCAGCAGCAGCAUCAACUACAACGGCGACAUGGGCCUGCACGGCCGCCGGCCUUACACGAGUAGUAGUACUAGUAACGGCUACGCCGUCGCCGCGCUCUCGUUCGCCACAGCGCUGUCGACGAUCCUGUUCACGACGGCGAUCAAUGGUGCCGUGUGGAUACACUGGAGCCACGUGCUGAACAAUGGCGUGCGGAUCGGGUCGCCGGGCACGAAGAGCAAGCUGUGGAAUGCGCUGAUCCUGCUUGCGAUUCUGGGGACGGGGCUCGCGGCUUGGGGAAGGGCGAUGAAGAUCUCCGAGCGUCCCCAACUAGCCCGCUUCGCCCUGAUCGUCGUACCUCUCCUCUGGCUGCGCAACUUCUUCAUGAUCUACGACAUCGUGCUGCUGUACGUCGACACGACCGGCUGGUCGACGGCGUCCCGUCUGGCCACGGUUUUCCUGCUGAUCGUCUUUGGGCAAAUUACGAACCUCACUAUCUUGGGCAUGGUGCUCUGGGGCGCGUGGAGAAUCGGCAGGACGGUGCCCUUGUUUGGUGGGAGUGAGAGUGGGAGUCGGGAUAAGGAUAAGGACUCUGAGAGGGGUCUGAACCAUGGUUAUUACUGA